AUGUCAUGGGUCAAGAGAUCUUCCGUCUUCUUCGGAACAGCCCAAGCAUACAGUCGAGGCGAGUGUCAAUAUCCAACUCAGAACCCACUCCAAGGCUGUCCUCAGGGCACACUGCUCGUUGGUCCAAGUGCAAAAUUCACGAGCAUUCAAUCUGCUGUCCUCUCCAUCCCGAACAAUACUGUGCCGUACUACAUCCUCGUCUUACCUGGCAACUACACCGAGCAAGUCAAUGUCACCCGUCCAGGCCCUUUGACUCUGCUUGCUCAGACCAAGUUCCCCAACGACAACACCAAGAACUCUGUCAAUGUGAUCUGGCAUAACGCAACUGGCACUGCCAGCACAGGAAGCUACGACAAUGCAUACACAUCCACUCUGACCAUUGCGCCAACCUUCAACAGCAGUUUGACGGGCAGUGGACCAACAGGUAAUCAAGUCCCGGCAGGAACACCCUUUGGCAACACAGACUUCAGAGCCUACAAUCUAAACUUCAUCAACAACUACCUGCCCUACUCCGCUGGCCCCUCCCUCGCCUUGAGUGUCAGCUAUGCAAAUGCAGGAUUCUACUACUGUGGCUUCUACAGCUACCAAGACACCGUCUACGUCGGCAAACUAGGAAAUACAUACAUGUACAACACCACAAUAGCCGGCCAAACAGACUUCCUCUACGGCUUCGGCACCCUCUGGCUCCAAUCCUCCCUCCUCUCCCUCCGCGGCUGCGGCGGCGGAAUAACAGCCUGGAAAGGCACAAACACCACCUUCCCAAACGCAUACGGUGUCUACAUUCACGAUUCUUUUGCUCUCGCCGCGAAUGCCUCCCUCUCUAUUGUUGGUAAAUGCGCGCUGGGAAGACCUUGGAAUGCUUUGCACAGGAGUAUUUUUGCAAGUACUUAUUUGGAUGAUAGUAUUCAGAGUGGGGGUUAUAUUGAGUGGAGUAAGACGGAUCCGAGGGUUAAUGCUAAUACGACCAUGGCCGAGUAUAAGGAUUAUGGCCCGGGGUGGAAUGCUACGGGGAGGACGGAGGGAAAUGUCACGAUUGUGAUGACGGAUGCGCAAUAUGCUCCGUACAGUACGCUGGAGAAGGUGUUCCAAUUUCCGUUCUCGGGUAAGUUUGGGAACACAAAUUGGAUUGAUAGGAAGCCAUUCGUGCAUGGAAAUUGA